AUGGAUAGCCAUAUCGCGAGAGUAGAUAUUGCUGAUUAUGAAUGGGAGCCGACAAGGGCCAGAUUGAGAGCACCAGAGUCGGUCAACGAAACCCGCCGCCAAGCAAAAUUCAAAUUUCAUUUGAAUCCAAAGCUACAGGCCGCCGCGGAAGAUGGAGACGUGGACAAGUUCAUCGAAGCCCUCAAAGCAUAUUCCCACAAAGUGGGUGUCUGCUUGUCCAACAUUUUAAUGACGGCCGACAUCCUCCAAGCCCUCCUCGAGGUCAUCCAUGACAACCAGCUCGCCACUAAGGUGAACUACCAAGGGGACACUGCACUACACGUUGCGGCAAGAAAGGGCAGAAUCCGCACGGCCAAGCUCCUACUUAGGUACGACGGCAGUAUUCUAGACAUGGAAAACUACACAGGAAACACGGCAUUGCAUGAGGCUGUGAAGAACAGUUGCCACGACUUGACCCGCCUGCUCCUGCGCCAGGGCUCGAAAUCGGUGUAUAAAAAGAACAAGGGGGGCAAGUGCCCGCUGUACUUGGCAGUAGAGAUGGGGGACUUGGAUGGUCUCAAGUAUUUGAUGGAAAAUGUGGUAGGGCAGGUUAUUCCCUCCCAGAAUGAAGGCAUGUCGCCGGUUCACGGAGCCGUGAUUCACAAAAAGAUAGUUAUGCUGAAAGAGAUGUCAGAGCAGAAUGAAGAUCUGUUUAAUUUAAAAGAUGCUGGAGGUGGUACUCCCCUCCAUCUGGCAACAUUAAUGGAUUACGUUGAGGGAGUCAAUUUCUUGGUCGACAAGUUUGCUUGGAGCGCCUUUGAGUUUGACAAUGAGGGCUAUCUUCCGAUCCAUGUUGCAUGUAAGAUGGGUCAUCUCAAAACAAUGAGAAAGCUACUUCAACAUUGGCCAAAUCCGGAAGAGUUGCUAGAUCGCAAGGAAGGGCAAAAUAUACUUCACAUUGCGGCAAAGUAUGGAAAGGUUGACGUAGUGGAUCACACACUCGCAGAGCCCAAGCUUGAGAAGCUUAUAAAUGCAAAAGACACAGAAGGAAAUACGCCUCUACAUGUGGCCACAUUGCAGUUGCAAUACAUCGUUCUUUCGCGUCUUGUUUUUCACGGUAAAGUUGAUCUUAAGCUCAUAAACGACAACAACUUGACGGCUCGAGAUAUUGCGGAUGAGCAACCAAACCUAUUUGGUCGACGACCUGAGACUGAAGGGCAUGGCCGAAACCCGUAUGCUCGUGGCGACACUCAUUCUGCUGCGACAUUUGCUGCUGGAUUUUCCGUUCCUGGAGGAUAUAAUGGCCCUGGAUCAGAUGCAGGAUAUGCUACACUGUUGAAUAAACCCAUGUACGACGUCUUCGUGAUCUGCAACACCAUCAGCUUGUACAGCUCAUUAAUUGCCAUAAUUGCCGUAGCAAUCCUUCAUUGGGCGGAGAGUGACGCGGUUCGUGUCCUUAAAUUUUCAAGGCCACCAGUGGUCACAGCUCUUAGCACAAUGACUCUGGCCUUCAUGGCGGGUGUCUAUGUGACCGUAAGCAAACGUAUUUGGAUCGCCAUUGUUGCCUUGAUCGCUGGAAGCACUGCCCUCUUCGUUAUCUUGGGUCUUCACAUUGCCCUUACCGGCUCCAAGGUGAACAAACAUGUUUGUAUCUACUUCUCCUUCUUGUCGCAGUUGGAUAUACACUUGUCAGGUUCCUCUCGCUUGAAAUGUAUGGCACAAAUUGCAUGA